ACGAUGUGACACUUGGCUGCGGCGGUGUCACGUUUCCAACGCGCGAUCGCUCGGACGCUGCCGCUCGCCAGCCGGACACUGCGUACACCGCGUAAAUCGCGCACGCGUUACGGUCGUUGCUGUACCUCAGCGACAGCGAUCAGUGGCACGGUACCGCGCUCACGUUGCGGAGCUUUCCCUAUCUCUUCGUCUUACCCUAUCUGUCCAUCUCCAUCGCUCUCUCUCUCUCUCUCUCUCUCUCUCUCUCUCUCUCUUUCCCUCUUUCGCUAUUUAUCUCUCAUCCGUUUCGGACGGUUUCGGUCGGCUAUUAUGCGUUGUAGUGGUUGCGGUCGCGACGAUGGAACAACCUGUGGUUGCGCUCGUUUACAACGACUUGGAUCUGCAGCACGAACCUACGCCGCCGCCACAGCAGCAGCAGCGGCCGCGAACGACGGAAGAAGACGACGGAGGAGAGGACGGCACCAACGCGUACUGUAACGCCGGCUACAGUUUUGUCCAUUAUGACUUCCAAACAAAUAGUUAUGCACAGUAUGACGUUAAUCCACAAAAUGAUGGAACUUCACAAGAAGGAUUUCAUGAUGAUUUAUCACAAAGUUCGCUUAGUAACGAUAUUCCACCUGAUCAGUCGGACACUAAAAGACAUAACUGUGAAUUCACUGGCUGUAAAAGGACGUAUAGUACCGUAGGAAAUUUACGAACUCACAUGAAGACACAUAAAGGCGAAUAUCGGUUUAAGUGUAACAUUAUGGACUGCGGAAAACCAUUUUUGACGUCCUACAGUUUAAAAAUUCACGAACGAGUGCAUACGAAACAAAAGCCAUUUGUUUGCACUAAGGACGAAUGCCAAAAAGCUUUCAACACUGUCUACAGGCUACGAGCUCAUCAACGUUUGCACACCGGUGAUACUUUCGACUGCAUGCAAACAGGUUGUGGCAAGUGUUUUACGACUUUUAGUGACUUAAAGAAACAUUACAGGACCCACACUCAAGAACGACCGUACAAAUGCGUGGAAGAAGGUUGCGGUCGUGCGUUUACGGCCAGCCAUCAUUUAAAAACUCACAAGCGAACGCAUUCGGCUGACAAAUUAUACUCGUGCGAUCGACCGCAUUGCAAUAAGACUUUUCCCGGAAAGGCCAGUCUCAAGACGCAUCAACGGAGUCACGAUAUUUGGGACGAGUCUGAGACACUGUCAGAUUUUGCUGACGACUUACUGCAGCAUUUUGAUAGUGAAACCAAUAGCACGACUAACGAAUUUUUAAAAUAUCAAAGCCAAUUAGUCAUACCACUGUCGAAAGCCAACAUCGAAGCGCUAAAACGAUCCGAAACGGCCGAGGUCGAGAUCGAAGCAUAUCUGUCGGGCAGCGCCAUUCAGACGUUCACGGCAGUCGGUGCGGAUUCGACCACGGCCACGGUGCAGAAAAUGAUACUGGCCGAGCCGAACGACGACAUGCCGGCCAAACUGUCGGUGGAGUGCAACAUCGACGUGCAGAAGGUCGGACAGGAUGCGAACGGUACGAUCAGCUUGUGCGUGAUGGACAACGGCGAGGUGAUGUCCAGCCUGCUAAUGAUGCCGGUGAUCAACGGGGCCAGCAGCUAUGAAGCGGUGACGGAGGACGACUUCAGCCAGCCGCCGGCCAUGUCGAUAGCCACGGAGACGGUGCAGGAACUGCAGUUCGUCGACGAACCGGUCCGGCAGACGGUGACGGCCGUCGAACAGUCGGUAGCCGGACCGGCCGCGGCCGCGGCCGCCGGAGCGGUCGAGCUGAUACCGUUCCACGACAUUCUCGUGUCCAAGCCGGACACGGACUUCGCGGUGUGCGAACCGGAUCACGCGGUCGCGGAGGAACCGCUGCUUCACGUGGCUGAGGAGUUCAGCGUCGAGAAGCUCAUACUCAGCCUGGCCGACGACGCGGACCGCUGCCCCGACAGCUCGGUGGCCUCGCUGAUGGUCAGCCCUCAGCUGGAAGUGUUCGAGCCCGCGUUCCCGGCGCCCGUAUCAUCGAUGGCCGCCGACGCCGACAGCGGAACCGGUUCCGGCGGCGUCGAUCACGGUACCUCCGCCGGCCACCCACCGGUUACGUCCUGUUCACUGACCGUGGCCUGCAACACCCGCAAGCAGCUAAGGAAGGUGCUUGAACACAGGCGGCCAGCGAGCAUAUCGCAUUGACCGUGCCGUGCCGCGUCCCAGCGAAUAGUCGUCCCAUAGUGCAAUCUCGAACACGUCCCCCCCGUACGAUAUUAGCGAUCAUUUUAUACACUGCGAACUAUUUAUUAUAUAUUUUUAUUACUAAACAUAUUUUUUACCCGUUUA